ACAGUUAGCCAGCUGGUUCAGUUCAAUGGGUUCAGUGGUCAGUCAACUGCAGACACCUGCUCUGUACAUGAACAUGAACAUGAACAUGAACAGUCCGCAGGCGCAGUUUGUGCGCGAGACAAUCAGCGCUCACAAGGUGGUGAUUUUCAGCAAGAGCUUCUGCCCCUACUGCAGCAUGGCCAAGGAGCAGUUCCGCAAAGUGAAUGUGAAUGCGACGGUUAUCGAGUUGGAUCAGCGCGACGAUGGCAACGAGAUUCAGGAAGUGCUCGGCGAGAUGACGGGUGCACGCACUGUGCCGCGAUGCUUCAUCGAUGGCAAGUUUGUGGGCGGCGGCACCGAUGUGAAACGCCUCUACGAUCAGGGCUUACUGCAGAAGUACUUCCAGUGAUACACCGCUAACCAGUGUUCCAAACAAUUCAACUGCGUUCUUUCUCCUUAAAAAGUAUACACAAACAAACAUUUACAACAACCCAUUUGCAAAUGAACAAUUAUAAAUGACAACGCGGAAGCAGGCAUCCCGUGGCGUGGUCAAGGCCUGGAGCGGAAACAAUAAUUGUCUAAGAGAAAAAGGAGCAACUCUCAGAAUCCACCCAAGACUUUGUUUGAUGUCUGAAAACUACAAGCAGCAAAGUACCUCCUUCUGUGUACCUCGUUUCAAAUAUCUGGGUCGAAUCCGAAUUCCCCCAUAAGUGAAUAAAAAGCAAAUGGAAAUCCCUCAA